AUGAGAUUCAGCACGGUUUCUUUCCUUCUACUUGCCGGCUGUAGUACGGGUAUUCCUCAUGAAAUCCGCGGUGAUGUUUAUGAGGUGAAGGGUGCUUUUGGAGAUCACCCAGAAGAUCCCUUGGACGGCAUAGCGGAGAGGUCUGUGAACCCUGAGGAUGAGGCUUCUCGGGCUCUUGCACCUCGCGCACCAGGCGAUGUCUACGAGGUGAAGGGUGCUUUCGGGGACCACCCUGAAGACCCUCUCGAUGGAAUAGCAGAGAGGAGUAUUGACCCUGAGGAGCAAGAAGAGAUAGAGAUGGGCAAGGGUCUUAAGGGUCGGGCUAUUGAUUUCGAGGAACACCCUCACCUUAUGCCACGAGCCAAAGGAGAGAAGGUUCAACUUGAUCAACUUGAAAACGAAGGCUACAAGAAGCCUCAUGCAGAGAUUGCUCUCAUUCAUGCAUACAACAAAUAUCGCAAACCAUUGCCCAACAAGAAGCUUCAGCAAAUUGCCAAUUCAGAGGCAGCUUUUGUCAAGAACAAACUUGGAUUGAAGGGUACUGCUGCAGCAACACCUCCCGAAUACUACGACUCACAAUACGUUGUCCCUGUUCAAAUCGGUAGCCCGAAACAAACUACUUACUUGAACUUUGAUACUGGUUCUUCUGACCUCUGGGUCUUUUCCACCGAUACAUAUCAACCUGAUCAGGAGGGUCAUGUUCUCUACAAACCCGACAAGUCAAAGACAAGCAAGCGUCUUAGUGGCCAGACUUGGAGCAUCAAAUAUGGUGAUGGUACUGGUGCUAAUGGUAUUGUCUAUACGGACACCGUGCAAGUUGGAGGCACCUAUGUCAAGAACAUGGCUGUGCAGUCCGCUACUGAGGUGUCAGACGGCAUUGCUGCAGACAAGUUUGCUCAUGGUAUCAUGGGCCUAGCCAUGUCCAGCCUCAACACCGUUCGACCCACGGCCCAAAAGACAUACUUUGACAGGGUCCAGAAUGACCUUCAGGUCCCAGUCUUUACAGCCAAUCUGCAGAAGGGCUCGGCUGGAAACUACAACUUUGGCUACAUCAACCAAAACGAAUACUACGGAACUGUAGGGUUUGCUACAGUGACCAAGGACAGUCCGUGGUGGCAGAUCGACAUUGAGGGCUACCGUGUUGCUCAAGGGGCUCCUUGGCACAAGUGGAAGUACUCAGCCAUUGUCGACACUGGCACCACGCUCCUUCUCCUGCCUGACAAGCUUGUCAAGUUUUACUACAAGAAGGUCAAGGGCGCUUACAUCGAUCAAGACUACGGUGUUUGGGUUUUCCCCUGCACAGCCAAGUUGCCCAGCUUUUACUUUGGCUUUGGCAAGUACCGCGGCAAGGUUCCUGGCCACUACAUCAACUACGGUCGUCUCACCCAGACAGUCUGCUACGGUGGUAUCCAGAGUUCCGAAGGUAUCGGCUUCGCCAUCUUGGGAGAUAUCCUCCUCAAAGCCCAAUUCGUCAUUUUCGACCUCAAGCAAAACCGAGUCGGAUUCGCCAACAAGAAUACCGUCAAGGCAUGA